AUGUUGACAAAAGUGAUAAAGAUAAAUAAAAAAAAAGAUAGGACUGCAGUAGUCUCUUUGAAUGAGAUGUAUCCCCCUGUGUUUAGUUCUGUGAACACAACCACUGUACAGUCGGUCACGCCUCGGCGUCCAAAGAAGAGAGGUACAAAGAAAAAAUGCGAUUACUGUUCCCGGAUAUUUCUUCCUGAAAAAUCUUUUGACAAAUUCAUGACUAAUGACAAAAUUAUACAAAUUGCCAGGACAAUGUAUCCAGGUAAGACGUUUGGACAUAUAGAUUGUAUAAUAGAACCGAUAAAAACUCCUAAGACCAUGGGAUGGCAAUGGUCAGUCGAAGAAACCAGUGGUGUUAAAAUAAAUCGAAAUUGGAGACCUGGUGCCAUACGUUUAGAUGUCGCUGAAAUUAUUGAAAAGGUUCGAUCAGGAACUAUUGGACCGUUGCCCGGGAGAUAUUUGAUGAAAGUAAAAUGA